UUUUUUUUUCCUUUUUCUUUUUUUUCUUUUUCUUCUUCUUUUAUUUAUCCCAAGCUUUUUUUUUUUUAUGACAAUGAUACAAAGAUUCAAUAGACAAAGACAUAGAAUCAAAUUACCCUCCUUUUGUAGACACUUUACAGUAAAACCGUCUGUAUUACCACCUCACCUAGAACCAAGAUCAGCUCGACCACCAGCAUCUGCCAAAGCGGAUGCUCCUUAUCAUUUUUAUCAAAAUAAAGUAUUGGAACCUUAUCUCAAACAAAGCCUUCAUGCUAGCACGAUUCGUCAGUAUAUCAUGUAUGGACGACAUAUGACAUCGGAUAGACUGAUCAACAGUGGUAACUGGGUACGCAAUGAACUCCUGAUUCGCUUGGCUCAUCGUAUUCGCGACUUUCAACAAUUACCUUUCAUCAUCGGUACCAAUCCAAAUAUAGAGUGGCCUUAUCGUCUUUAUUGGGGCGCCUUUGAAACCUUACGGAAAACACCAGUGAUCAAAACCGCCGAGGACAAUGACCAAUUCUGUGCGUUAUUAGAAGAUCUUUUGGAAGAUGGACAACAAGUGUUGCCGCGUAUGGCUUUAGGUGUGACUGAAUGUGCGUCUUAUUAUGAACAGCAUGAUCAUAUCUUGGACCGUUUCCUGAAUCGGAUGAUCAAGUCUCGCAUCUCUAGGCGUCUGUUGGCAGAACAACAUGUGACAUUGACCAAAGCAUGUUGUGGUACUUUGGACGACAAAUGGACACUGGAAUCUUUGGCUCAUCGAUAUGGUAGUCGUGGUGAUCAAGUAGGGGUUUUCAAUACAGAAUGUAGCGCCAAAGCCAUCUUUCAACAAGCACAACUACUGGUUCAACAACAGUAUCCUUCUCUACCGGAUAUUCACAUGCAAGGAGACAAGGAUAUUACGUUUGCUUAUAUACCCGAUCAAUUGGAACAUAUCCUUUACGAAUUAUUACACAAUGCCGUAAAAUAUACAAUACAGCAACACUCUCAUCCGCCUAUCCGUGUUACCAUGAGUUCUAACGAUACAGAUGUUUUCUUCAGAUUCUCAGAUCAAGCUGGUGGCAUUCCUCGAUCAAAAUAUGAACGAUUGUGGUCCUAUCAAGAACGUGCAAACAAUGGUGAUUUUACUGAUUUUCAACAUAUACCCAAGAUGCCGGUGACAUUAGCGGAAAGAUUCAAGCAACAAUGCGACAAGUUGGAAGAGACAGAACAACCGUUUGGAUCUCUUGGUAUUGGAUUGAUUAUGAGCAGGGUGUAUGCGGAAUACUGGGGUGGUGAACUACAAGUGAUGACAAUGGAUGGUUAUGGUACGGAUGCAUAUGUUAGGAUCCCACGAUCUGGUUCCUUGAUGGAAAACAUUGGUAUAGACUCAACAGCACAACAUCGACGACAUCAACAUCAUCAUCAUCAUCAUCAUCAUCAUGAUGCAGCACGACAACAAAUCAACAAGAAAUAUAGCAUGGCAACAACAGCGCAAUUUGUUCUUAAAGGUUUACCCAAUACAAAUGGUUGGUCAUCAUCCUCAAUUAUCUCGUCAUGAAAUUAUUUAGAGUAUGGAUUUAUUUUUGUUCCCAAUUUGUAGAUUUACUGUUUUUAAUAAACUUUUUAUUUGUAUCAUUAUAUUUUUCUCUCUUAUAUUCCACAUGUUCCUAACACAUAGUUGAUGAUAAUGUAGUUGGACUGAUAUCUGAUGGACGAUAUAAAAAAAA